AUGACGGCAUUUGCUCUGGUGACUAUUGUCAUUGGAAAUACACUGAUUAGUGACUGGCAGGUAUUAUAUUACAAGGAAAACCCUUGUUACCUACCAUCACCUGGUGAUAAUGGAACUACUGAUGUGGUGGAUGGUAAUAACAUAACUUCUUCAUUUGAGAAUAUCAAUGAUCACAUCAAUAGCACAUUUGAGUGGAAUAUUGACAACUGCGAAGGUAAGAGUACUUCCAAUCACGAAUGUUUCUGGAACCCUUCGUCUCGGGUUACUGGAGAUCAUUGUCACACUUGCCAUAAUGCUUGCCUCAGCAAACAAGCAUCUCUCAAUUUGUACCAGUUCAAUAUUGGGGUGCUGUGUCUAGCUGUUGGGGGGACUCUUGAUUAUGUAUUCAACUUUGCACUCUUGUCUGACAUAGUUCCUCCUGAGAAUCAGGGAAGUAUAACAGCACUCACUGUUACCAGCGGGGCAUUCGCAAGAGCUGUAACACCUCUCUGGUAUACAGUAAAGGUUUUGAUUACCCUGUGGCUCAAAUGCACAGCGAAGGGUGCAGUACUUGGUCUUUUGUUUGUCCUUAUUCUUGCUCUACAAGCUAGGAGGCAGUCUAUGAGCGAUAUGUUGAAAGCUAUGAACAGACUGGAAAGCACACCUUCCUCCCCCUAUCAAUAACUAAUGCAACAAUUCUGUUAGUGCUUGUUGCACUGGCUGUCCUCUACAAAGAUCUCGCUCCAAGGUGUAGUACUGAGGCCAAAGCUGCAACCAAUGCUACUGCCUUAGAGUGUUGAAUAGUGGAUGGUCAAUGAGUAGCUAUAAUGUUUUUGUAACUAACUCCAUUUCUGGUUGAGUGUCAUUAUUUACACAGUGCAUACAUAGUGUUUUGUAAUGAGCAGUCAAAGAGCAUCCUCAGUGUGGUGUAAGUACAUUAGUACUUAGUAGAAGUGUAAAAAUCAUUUCUUCAAAAUUAGGGAUGGCGCAAAUUAUGAAAAAGGAUACCAACAAGAGUAUGCUUCAGCCGAAAACAAAAAUGAUAUUAUACAUCCAUCCCAACACCUUUCUCUCUUUUGCUCUAUAUAAAAAUGUGUGGAGACUUGCAUUUAAGUAUGUAAGCUAAUUCAGACUUGAGGGAGGUUGUGAAAGAUGUAGGGAUGGAACAUGCUCAGAGUCCAUGUAUAGUC